AUGGCUUCUUCUACGCUCUUCAAACUCCAUUCUUCACAGACCUUCAACGCCCUAAAUCCAUCUCUCCCUUUCUCAUACCCUCAUGAAUCCAGAAUUUUCCAUCUUCAUUUCUCCAGAUCACUCUCAAAACAUUCACAUUUCAACCACAAAACCACCACUACUCGCUUCUUCGUUCCUCUCUGUUUAGCUCUUCCUUCUUCUUCUUCCUCUCCUCCAGUUUCCAAAGAAGAAGCCAUUCUUCAAGCCAAGACUUGUCUCUCUUCCUGCCUCACCAAACCCCUCAACAACCCAAAGCUCGCUUCCCCAAAGCUCAAAAAGCUCAAACAGCCUCGAUUCCGCCUCGAAAUCCCAAUCCUCGACGACGAUUCACCUUCCUCUCUCUCUCAGCUCGCUUUCUCCAUCUUCCACGACAUGCCCAUCUCCAGAAGAGGCUCAAACGCCAAGCUCCUCUUCCUCUGGCCCGAUCCUUCCUUCAUCGAAACCGCCGUAACCACUUUCCGAUCCGACGACACCGACCACGUCGCCAUAUCUCCAAUUUCAGAUUCCGUCAACAGAGCUCUGAGAUCUGCCGACGUGGCAAUUUUCAUGGCCCCGGAGAGAUCCCAGCUGGAAUACGUGAGGACGGCGACGCAGGGGUUUUCCACGAAGCCUGUGGUGAUGAUCAAUCCGAGAUGGCUGUUCGAGGAAGAGAAGAGCUUCGACGACGAAUUCGUCGGUUCCUUCGAAGUAAUCUACGCUUUCACAGGUUUAGAAGUGAGAGGAGUGUUGAGCAAGAGGAAAGGAGUCAUCUUUAAGUGUGUGAGAGAUGGCGUUGUGAGCGGAGAGAGAUGGAACGUUCUCGUCGAAGAAGAAGAAGGCACAUUGAAAGUGGUCUCACAAUUCAAAUCUCGCCCAUCGAUGGAAGAAGUCGAGCUUGUUCUCUACAACUUGAUGGCUAUGAAUUCGCCAAUCACAAAAUCAGCCAAAUUUCUUAAGGAUUUUGUUUCAAAUAUCACUGGGAAGAAGUAG